AUGUUGUUCCUGAACUUCAUACCCAUCCUUGUAAUACAGCUGACUUUAUUCAACGUGCUGCAUGGUGCCAAAUGGACAUACGCUGGGCCGGAAGGACAGUCCCAGUGGUCCAAACAUUAUCCAUAUUGUGGUGGAGCUUACCAGUCUCCAAUAGACAUCAAGUCAGACCUACUGAGGUUUGACCCUACUUUACGUCCAAUUGAGGUUAGGGACUACAACCUGUCACCCAAUGAGCACCUCACUCUUGGAAAUAAUGGACAUUCUGUGCAAAUAUCGCUGCCCUCCAAGAUGCACAUCUCUGGCCUCCCUCAUCGUUACACUGCAGCUCAACUCCAUUUCCACUGGGGCUCCCCUAGCAGGCCUGGGGGCUCUGAGCACUUGGUGAACAGUAAGCAGUAUGCAGCAGAGUUGCAUAUCGUGCACUUCAAUUCAGACAAGUAUCCCAAUAUGUCCAUGGCAGUAGACAAAUCGGACGGCCUGGCUGUGCUGGGUGUCCUGAUUGAGGUUGGAGAGUUCAACCCGGCCUUUGAAAAGUUUCUUAAGUUCAUCAAUGGCAUCAAAUACAGAGAUCAGAGAGUGAAGGUGCCUGGUUUUAACAUGAGAGCGCUGCUGCCUGCACGUUUGGACGAGUAUUAUCGCUAUGAUGGGUCACUGACAACUCCUCCAUGCUAUCCAAGUGUACUGUGGACACUGUUCAGGAAUCAUGUGACGAUUUCUCGCAAACAGUUUCUGUCCCUGGCAACAGCCCUCUACUCCUCCCAUGCCCAGGACUCAGCCCCUGUGCCUCUGAAUGGCAACUACAGAAAACCACAGCUUGCCGACACCCGAGUUGUCUUGGUGUCUUUUAAGGAGGGAGAUCUAUCUUGGAUGAACACUGGUUUACUGGUUCCCAUAUUGGUGAGCUCUGCAAUGGGACUUGUUCUCAUUGUCUCUUUAAUGUGCUGCAUAUUAAGGCAAAAAAGAUCUGGUGCUGAACAGGACAAAAGCAAAGGUAUUGGAUUCAACAUCGGCGAGACAGACGAGUAUGGCUCAAGAGUAUAG